AUGGCGAAAAGACUAUUCGCGGUGCUCGAGUGCCAAUCCCUACUCGAGAAUCUACCUCCCUUCGUUGACACCACCAAACGCCCUAAAAACUCCUCAGACGCCGAUAGUCCAACGUGCGUAUCCCCGAACUCGGUGAUCGGAUUCCCGGAGCUGACGGAGGAGCCGAGCCUCGAUUCGGAUCGGGGCGUUUUGUGCCGGCUGUGCGUUAGGUUACCGGACGGGAGGAAAGUGGAGAGGAGGUUUCUGAGAUCAGAGUCUGUUCAGCUUCUCUGGUCGUUUUGCUAUUCGUUGAUUGGUGAAUCGGAGAGGAAGGAGAGGUGUUUUAAGUUGAUUCAAGCGGUUCCUGGGGAGUAUAAGAGUCUUUAUUAUGGAUCUGAGACGAGUUUUGAUGAGUCUGGGCUUGCUAACUCGUUGAUCUCUGUCGUUUGGGUGUGA